AUGGACGUCAGCAGAGACGACCGCUAUCGUGGAAAUGGCAACCGUGGAGGAAACAAGCGUCGCCGCGAUGAUGAGGAUGAUUUUCAUUACAGUCCCAGAGGCCGCGAUGAUCGCCGCGGACCCCAGCGCCGACGCUUCAACGAUGGAGAGCCACGUCGCCGAUAUGAGGAGCCCGCACACGCGAAGCUGCGCCGAACGAUCUUGAACAUAGCAAGUUCGACCAAGCUGCCACAAGAUGAGGCCAUUGAGAUUGCUGAGUACCUGCGGGACCACUUCGACGAGGAAGAUGCACGUGGCGAGUUCUACGACACACUUUUGCAGCUCAUUGUCGAGCAGCCCUUGAAAAUUCCCUUCGUGGCCGCCGUCAUCUUCUACGGCAACCAGGCCAAGCUCGAGAUCGCAUCGGAAGCCAUAAAGCUCGUGGGAGAUCGGUUACAGGAGACUUUCAAUGCUGGACAGUGGAAGGAGUUCAAGCUGUUUCUUCGCUUCUUUGCAUGCCUGCAGCCUCUGUUUGAGGAUGAUGGCAUCUUUGCGCUCCUCGGUCAGCUGUUCGACACAGUUGUGGAUCUUCAGAGCGCGAACGAGAAUGACGUCGUCGGCAUUGAGCUCGUGAAGAUCAUUCUUCUCACCAUCCCGUAUGCCCUGGUCUCUGGUGGCAGCCGCUAUCAUGGAAAAGCCGGAGAGUUGCUGUCCAACACUGGCAUAGUGGCGGGAAACAUGCUUCCCAUGGAGUCCCUCAUCCAGACGUACGAUGACGAAAAUGAGGACAAAGUCAUAGGAUACCACAGCAUCAUUGGUCUUCUUCAACAACAGCUCACCAAGGAGUCAGAAUCGGGAUGGGACAUUGCGUGCAUCCCCAAGUUUGAUGCGGAGGCUCUCCAGAAGAAGCAAUCCGAGGACACUCUGCCUACGGCACCGCCAACACACGCCUUUCCAAAAUUCAACAUUCCUUCACCAGUCAACCCUGGUGCGAAACCUCUUUUCCCCGAGGCGUACUUCUCCCUCUUCGCCAACCACGAGAACGGCACGGUUCCCAAGACCGACGAUAUUGCUGCUUCUCUGAUCCGCGAUGCUAUCGUGGACACCAUCGACCAACUCGACUUCAAUCGGGACGCAGCAGCAAAGUUCCUCAUUGAGCUUGACUCAUACUGGUCACUGGACACCUUCGCUAAGCGCGGUACUCCCUUCGACAAGUUCCGGGAACUGGUUGGUGAUAAGAUUAUGUACAAGUCAGAGGAUAUGAUUAUCGACGCUAUCUUUUCGCAGCUGUUCAAGCUUCCGACCGCUGACCACAAGCUCGUCUACUACCAUGCACUAAUUACCUCUUGCUGCAAGCUUGCGCCCCAAGCGAUCGCGCCGUCGCUUGGUCGUGCUAUUAGGACCGUCUUCCAGAGCCUGCAUGUCAUGGAUCUUGAACUGACAUACCGAUUUCUAGACUGGUUCACUCACCACCUGAGCAACUUUGAAUUCCGAUGGCGAUGGACGGAAUGGAUUGGGGACCUUGAGCUCUCAAAUUUGCAGCCCAAGAAGGCUUUCAUCAUUGCUGCGCUGGACAAAGAGAUCCGUCUUUCGUUCGCCAAGCGCAUUCGCUCCACUUUGCCGAAGGAAAUGAACGAUCUUAUUCCGGCACGUUUGGACGAGGACAACAGUCCAGAUUUCAAAUAUGACAACCCAGAAACCCCGUAUAGCGCUCAAGCCAAGGAACUGAUCCAACAACUCAAGAAGAAAGCGCCCGCCGAGGAAGUCCAGAUAACCAUCAAUCAAAUUCACGAGCUUGCAGCCGAGCAAGGUAUCACCGAUGUGCUCAUUCCUUCGACUGAUGCAUUCGUAACUGCCAUCUGCAGGCUAGGUGCCAAAUCUCUAGCCCACGUUCUCUCCUGCAUUGAGCGCGGUAAAGAUCGCCUCAUUGAAGUUGCUCAGACUUCCGAGCCCGCACGACGCCAGAUCGUGGCCAGCGUUUUUGAGUACUGGAAAGACCAACCCGGUGUUGCUGUCCGCAUCAUCGACAUCCUGCUCAAUUACACGAUCCUUGCUCCUAUGACCGUCAUUCAGUGGGUGCUUGGUGAGAACCUCGGUGCCGGAGAAGGCCUCGCGGAAAGUUGGGUCUACGAGAUUGUGUCCAUCACCGUGGCCAAGGUCUCAAGUCGCAACCGCCAGAUCGUCAGCUCUAGGGUGGUUAAGGGUCUCCCACAGGAAAUGAUUGAUAUGGUUGAAGCUACAUUGAGCAAGGAUCGCGACGCUGCACGCGAGCUGUUCAAGUAUCUGGAAGAUGUCUUGCGCGGUAUUGCGCAGGGCUCUGCUGAUCGCUUGAUUGAAAAGGAAACGAACGGCCAGUUGUCGAAGGAGGAUGGUGAGCUUAUUCGAGCUUGGGGCAAGCGGUGGCACACAGUCUUUGUCCGCAAGUCUGCAGUCGAAGAGUCGGUCGUGGGAGAGCAAGCCGUCGAGGCUCGUAUCAAACUUCUUGCAGCCGAGCCCGACCCUGAGCCGGAAGAUAUGGAAACAGAGGAUGCUAAUGGCGAGGUCGCGGAAGAGAUGGCGACGAACGGCGAUUGA